ACUCGGAAACCGCGCGCGUCGGUUGCAGCGAGCGGACGUGCGCCGGCGCCUCCACCGACUCCACUCGCCUCUCGACGCGGGACAUGGCACGCGGCCCCGAGUGACCAGGGACCCCCGAAGGGACGAUGGGGCGCAGCUAGUGGCGGGAUCGACGUCGACUCUUCCGCAACGGGUCGAGGGGGAACCAUGUCGAGGUACGACGUAAAGGAGGAGUACGACCUCGAGACGCGGCGGGGGGUCAGACUCACCGGGUUCUCCUGCGCCAGCGACGACGUCCAGAGGAGCGCCGCGAGCCCUCCGCCCGCCGGGCGGAGGCCCCCCGACGCUGACGCAUCCGACGAGGCGGAAGGGGGGGCGACGCGGUGGGUGUACCGCAGGAUCAGGAGGUCCCUCCGGGUCAAGCUGCUGUACAAGCGGGUGCCGAUCCUCUUCUGGCUGCCGAGGUAUCGCAAGGAGUUCGUCGUCAGCGACAUGGUGGCGGGCCUGACCGUCGGGCUGACGGUGAUUCCGCAGGCCAUCGCCUACGCGAACGUCGCGGGGCUUCCUCUUCAGUACGGUCUCUACUCCUCCUUCAUGGCGUGCUUCGUCUACACGGUCUUCGGCUCCUGCAAGGACGUGCCGGUAGGUCCCACGGCGAUAGCGGCCAUCCUGACGAGGGAGACGCUGCAGAAGGCCCACCUGGGCCCGGACUUCGCCAUCCUGCUGACCUUCGUCUCCGGAUGCGUGUCCCUGCUCAUGGGCGUCUUGCAAUUAGGGUUCCUCAUAGACUUCAUCUCCGGCCCGGUCUCGGUGGGCUUCACCUCGGCCGCGGCCAUCAUCAUCGCGACGAGCCAGGUCAAGGACAUUCUGGGCCUGAGUUUCGCGGGCGGCAAGUUCCUCCAGGUCUGGAAGAAGAUAUUCGAGCACAUCGGCGAGACGAGACUCUGGGACGCCCUGCUGGGCUUCCUCUGUAUAGUCGUCCUGCUCCUCCUCAGGAAAGCCAAGGACUUGCCCGUGGUCUCGGCCGACACCAAGGUCCCCUCCGUGAUGCAGCGCGCCCUCCUCAAGGUCCUCUGGCUCGUCUCGACGGCGAGGAACAUCCUGGUGGUGGUGGCGUGCGCGAUCGCCUGCUGGGCCCUGGAGGAGCGCCUCGGCACCUCGCCCGUCAUCCUGACGGGGCACGUCAAGCAGGGUCUGCCGCGCGUCCGAGUGCCCCCCUUCCGGGCCCACGUCGGCAACGAGACCUACGACUUCGUCGACAUCGUCUCCACCCUGGGAUCGGGCUGCCUGGUCAUCCCUUUGCUCAGCCUCCUGGAGAGCAUCGCCAUCGCCAAGGUGUUCUCCGAGGGCAAGCCGAUCGACGCGACGCAGGAGAUGCUGGCCCUGGGCGCCUGCAACGUCGUGUCGUCGUUCGUCUCCUCCAUGCCGGUCAGCGGUGGACUGAGUCGAGGGGCCGUCAACCACUCUUCGGGGGUGAAGACCACCCUCGGCGGCGUCUACACCGGACUGCUCGUCCUCGUCUCCCUCCAGUUCCUCACGCCCUACCUCUACUACAUCCCCAAGGCCGCUUUGGCCGCGGUCAUCAUCGCGGCCGUGGUCUUCAUGGUGGAGUUCCACGUCGUCAAGCCCAUGUGGCGCACCAAAAAAAUCGACCUCGUGCCGGCGCUCGCGACCUUCUUCUGCUGCCUCUUCGUCAGACUGGAGCUGGGGAUCGUCAUCGGGAUAGGGAUCAACCUUCUGUUUCUCUUGUACGCUUCGGCGAGGCCCUCGCUACGGGUUCACGUGGCUACGACCCCCGGAGGCUCGGAGUACCUCGUCGUCACCCCGGACAGGAGUCUGGCCUUCCCCAGUGUCGAGUACGUUCGAGCCGUCAUCAGCAAACAGGGCUCCAGGCGAGGUAACGACGUCCCCGUCGUCGUAGACUCCACGCACAUCCAGGCCGCCGAUUUUACGGCAGCCAAGGGGGUAAAGAGCCUCAUCGAGGACUUCGCCAGGCGAGGGCAGCCUCUCGUAUUCUACAACUUGAAGCCGAGCGUAUUGGCGAUCUUUAGAGGAGUGAAACCUGCGGAGCUAAGGUGCUGCUCCAACGAGGCGGAAUUGCACGAUUACCUCGAAGAAUUUUCGAGCGUUACAAACAUCGCCGUUAGUAGACACUAAGCCCGGAACCGAACCGACGAGAGGCUCCUUCGACCCCACCCUCGGUUCCGAUACCGGACAGUAUUGCUUCCUUCCCCGGAAGUCAAAGCAGAUUUAAUGCCGUUAGAAGACGGCAAAAAACGAAUCGACGGGUCACCUUGUAUAUAUGUAUGUACGGAUAACCCUAAGCAUAUUGUACAAAAUAGCGAUACAUUUUAAGACUUUGAUAAUGCACCUAUCGACGAAUAUA